CUGGUUUUCUCUUUCCUCCCUGCUCCCUACAGCAGUCGGAGGGUGGGAGAAGGGUUUUCGCCUAUUACCUCUUCUGCUCAGCCCACGGCCCACCGAGAGGGAACGGUGGCUUUCUUCUUCUAUUAUCUCAUAUGCCGAGGGGAGGAAGGAAGGAAGGGGUGGGGGAGUGGGUGGCAGAGAUUGGAUCAUUCAUUUCUCCCUCCCAGCGCUGCAAUCUAAGACUUUAACUUCGCCCACCGCCGCUCCUCCAGGAAGAGAAAACAGCAGCGUCCUGUUCAUCUCUACGACAGAUCUAUACAGAGACCCGUCGACUUCAUAGAAGAGCGGGGGUUCAAAGUGGAGGGAGAACGAUCUCCUCCCAACCUUCCCCGUUGAAGCGGAUCCCUCUGGCGUCUCCCUGUCCUCCAUCUCCUUUGCAGACGAUCCAUCGGAGUGAGGUGAGAGGAGAGGAGGGGCUCCCUCCUUUCCUAUCUGCAUUCACCUUGCCGGGGUAGAGGAUAGCGGAGGAGGAGGAGAAGGCAGUGACACAUCCUACCUCCCCACCCACGUUGCCAGCCGAGGAGGACCAGAGCUUCAUCCAUCCUUGGCGUGCCCCCGAUGCUAUCACAAGGUGCGGAUCAGGACACAGAGGCAGUUUCCAGGACCUGCUGCAAGGCUUCGCUGAUAGUGCAGGAGCGGGUAAGCGCGGUUAGGAAUGGAAUGUUUUCAUUCAGUGCUGUGAAAUGGUUGCUGCUGUUAGAUGGAGCACCCACCCCUACAAAUCGAUAUUAAUGGCUCAUAAGUGCAGAAGCUGGGUUUUUUUGUUUCAUAGAAUCAUACAAUCAUAGAGUUGGAAGGGGCCUAUAAGGCCAUCGAGCCGAACCCCCUGCUCAAUGCAGGAAUCCCAGUUAAAGCAUCCCCAACAGCUGGCUGUCAUUAUUUAACCUUGCCAAGAUGCCCAGCGAGAGGCUCCAAAGUAAUGGUGAGACGACAGAGGAGCCUGUGCUAAAGGAGAGUAAGGGUGGGAUGCAAAGUCCGCACCGCAGCUCCUUACGCAGGGCUGUGGCUACUGCAGUGACCUUCGAUGGAGAAGCCACCACCAAGAGAAGAAAAAAGAGGAAGAAGGAGUCCCGUCCUGAAUCGAUAAUAGUCUACCGGUCAGGAAAUGAGAACAAGGUGGAUGAAGAACAGGUGGAUGAGGAUGGGAGUGAGAGAAGCUCGGAGGAAGGCUCCAAGUUCUUGGGACAGCCUACUGGAGAUGGUUCUUGGGCCAUGCCUUUAGAUAGCAGAUAUGUUACUUUAACUGGAACCAUUACGAGAGGAAAGAAGAAAGGCCAGAUGGUGGACAUCCAUGUUUCACUCACUGACAAGGAACUGCAAGAGCUGGCUAGGUCAAAAGAGCCUCCAAAAACAGACAUUCCUGAAGGGAAAAAGGCUUGUGAGAUUGGGCUUGAUAAAGGCCCCCAUGUCUUUCUCUGGAGCCUUGCUUGUCUCCCUGUCAUCUUCAUCAUGUCCUUUGUGGUUUCUUUUUACUAUGGGACCAUUGCUUGGUACAAUGUCUUCCUGGUGUACAAUGAAGAGAGGACCUUUUGGCACAAGAUCACUUUCUGCCCUUUUCUAAUUAUCUUCUAUCCUAUCAUAAUCAUGGUGGUUUCUUUCUCCUUGGGCCUCUAUACAGCAGUGACACAGAUCUCAUGGGCAUUCGGGGAUUGGUGGCAUGCUGUGAGGGAUAUGGAGAAAGGAUUCUGUGGCUGGCUCUGUAGCAAGAUGGGCCUAGAAGAUUGUUCCCCAUACAGUAUUGUUGAGCUACUAGAUUCUGACAAUGUCUCAGGAAGCUUGUCGGCUAAAGGCUCAGCACAAGGUGAAGAGAUAUCAGCAGUCUGAGCCAUUGCUUUAAGUGACUCUGACUCCUCAUGUUCGUGGGUAUUGUAAAUGUACCUAUAGUGAUUUCAGGAAGUAUGCACAUACACUCAAGUCUUGUGGAAUAAAACUCUUAAAGGCAAUUCAGACAUUUGGGGGGGGGUGAGGGAAGGACAUGGCACGGUCCUUCCUUCCUGGAUGGUACCACUUCAAAAUAAAGGGGUGAUUUUAAGUUUGAGUACUUCCCCCUCCUACCAAAAAUUAUCUUUUUGUGAAAAGCUAGCAUGUGCUAGCCUAACUGUAUUUUUGAUUUCCUGAUAUUUAACAUGAUGCGGUAAAUACCUUGACUUGUGGUAAAUACCUUGCCCAGACCUAAUUUAUGCCACUUCAGGCUGCAAGUGAAGGGUUGCAUGUUUGAACAAAUUAAAUAUCUCCCCACGCAUUCAAAAAUAGAAUGUAUUUGAGAAGAGUAGACUGAAAACUUGUUUUCUGACAUGCUGGUUGUCUUCGUGCAGGGAUUUUGUAAAAGAGCAUUCAACCCCAGUCCCCUGUCCACAGCCUGAUACGGUUCAGUCCAGUAACAGCUUUACCACUUGAUUCUACCGAUUGUAUAAAAUGGACUGAAGAUUCUCAAAUAAAUAAGAAAAACCAAUGUGCUGGGUAAUAAUCUACCACUCAUUGUAUGAUAAUACUGCUGGCUAAUCAUACUGCUAGUCUGAUUAGUGUUUCUUACUGGAUUUUAUUAAAGCACAUUGCUUAGUGACAAAAAUUCAGUUUUAUUGGGUUGCUUUGUUGAGAGGGGAAUAGAAAUGUGCUCCAAAGCUUCCUGCCUUUGCAAACCAGAUCUUCCAGUGUGAACAUGCAAAUACAUUCUUCCAGUCGAUGACUGCCUCUUCCUUGUGCUGAAAACAGGGAGCUGCCAGGUGCUAUGGGAAAUGAAUGCAAUCUGAAAUGAAUUAAUUGGACAGUAUGUCCCAUUAAGACAGGGUUCAAAUGCAAUUACCUAUAGCCUGUGAUGAUGGAGGGUGUUGUCUUAUAAGCUAGAGUCCCAAAAAUUGUCUCCUGGGAAAGAAGAGGAAACCUGAAUGCUGCAAGCUGUAUCAGGCUCCCUCCCCUUUUAUCCAGCCCCUAGAGCAGCCUCUCCCAACCAGUGGGCCUCCAGAUGUUGUUGGACCACAAUUCCCAUCUUUCCUGACCAUUGGCAAUGCUGGCUGCGGCUGAUGGGAGUUGUGGUCCAACAACAUCUGCAGGCACCCUGGUUGGGAAAGGCUGCCCUAGAGUUUUUCAGUGGUCUCUGUGUCCCCAAUUCUAGUGUCUGGUAUAGCCAACCUGAAAUAGAAACUUUCCUUAAUAUAAUGUAAUGGAAAGGGGGGGGGAGGAACCUGUACAACAUCAGUAAGAUGCAUUGUGAAUCAAGCUAUGUUUGUGUGGAUGAUUAGCACAAGACUUAUUGAUUGCACAGAUUAUACAAUGAGGUAGGAAGUGAGUUAAUAUAAUAAAGGAUACAAUAGAGUGCUCUAAUUGUUUGUAUAGGACAAAUACUGUGGUAUUUGGGGCUGGUAAUUACAUAGUGUGUACAUAAAUUAUCUAUUUUCUACUAUGCAUUAUUGGGCCUCUUUGCUUCAUAAUCAGUCUAUUGCAGUCUUUCCAAUAUGGUGCCCUCCAGAUGUUGCUGGACUCAAAUUCCCAUCAGCUCUGGCAAGCAUGGCCAAUGGUGAGGGAUUAUUAAAGUUGGAGUCCAACACAUUUGGAGGGCAGCAGGUUGGGGACAUCUGAUCUAUGGACUAAUGUGAGAUAAACAAGGUUGAGCCCAAGUGCUGGUGCUAUUUGUAUUUGCCUUGUUAUGCCUUUGUAAACUGUAGAUUCUUUCUCUGCCUAAUGUUGCAAAGUGUCUGUAAAGUUUACUAACUUCAUUAAAAGCCAUGCUGUGGUUGAAAUGCACAAUGUUCUUUCCUUUCUCCACUCACAAAUUAUUGCUGAUGGUGUGUCAUUGGGUGUGUGCAAAUGUAACUUUUUGCAAACAGUGGGGACUGUUUUA